CUGUGUCAGCUUCCAGGGGAUAUCAUGGCGGCGAUGUUUUAGUUGUUGUUUUGUCAUUUGUCUAAGGAUUUUUUCGGUAUAUCGCAGAUCUGAUGUUGCAAUAGACUAUACAUUGUACACCACACAGAUGGCACGUAGAGUGUCCCGUACAGCACUAGAAAAUGAGAUCGAGCGAGCUAGAGUAGAAGGAAGAUGGGAGAGUUUAUCCAAAUUAGUGGAACAGCUUUGUACUCGCACGACACAGGAAUCGCAGAUAGAUUCCUUGAAGAUCCUUCUUCUUGCUGAAGCUGAUCUUGAGACAUACAGCAGAGACCACAGUCUUGAUGUGAAUGACCUGAGAGCUGCUAGAAGUGCCUUAGAGCCUGUUGUGACAAAGCUAAAUAAUGUUAUUCAAGAAAGAAAAAAGGAUGAAAGAUCACAAGAAGCCAUGCUGCUGCUGUGUAAAGCAUACUUUAUCCAGGGAGAAUUCCAGUCAUCUGUCCAGUGCUGUAAUGAGGCUGGGGCUGACGACCUGGUGAUUGACAUGCACUUCAAGAGAAAGUCCAGACUAGUUGCAGAGGCAUUUGCCUAUAAAGCCAUGGCUCUUGAGGAGUUGAAAUUGACAGGAAAGGAUGAGAUCCAAGAAGAUGACAUAAUCUCAUGUUAUGAGUAUGCUGGUGAUAUAGCCAUAUGGCUCAUGGCAGGGCAGAAAGCAUCCUUCGCUCAGACUUAUGUGAUUGGAGAAAUGAGUCAGGCCAUUGAAGUUGCUAUCCAGCGUGCACCCAUCCUUCACAUAAAAAAUGGGAGACUUACUCAAGGGAUAAAUCGAUUUAGACAAAUGCUGCAAGCUUUAGAGUCAAAAGCGACUCAUAAUCUUAGAAAGAUUUUAGCCCAGCAACUAGCUCAGGUUCUUGUCCGGGGAGUUUGUGAGAGAACAUACGAAAAGCCGAAUUACCAGAAUACCAAUAUUCCUGGCUCUAUUGUAUCUUUGUCCCGUGGUGCCGGCAAACCUGAGGCUGGCAAGUCAACAGCCAUCAAUGUCAUGAUGACGAGAUUGAACAGUUUUCCUCUCAAGCCAUUGGUGUACGCUAGUGACAGUUUGUUUAUUCCUCGCGAUGAGAUUGAGGAGGCACUAUUGCUGUUACUUCUUGAGGACUCUAUGGUGUUGCGUGACGCGGUCCUGAGUGUAGCACCGGCAAAGGCAGCCGCUCGAUCCAGGACAGUCAGUGAAGCCAACACAGUGUACGACCUGCUGACCAUUGCUCUGACACGGCGGGCUCAAUAUGGCAUGCUUGUCGAGUGUCUUGACAAGGGAAUGAAGCUGGCCUAUGAAGAGUUUCAUCUCUGGUUCCAGUUUGCACUUUCGCUUAUCAGCGCUGGCAAGUACCAAAGGGCCUUAUUGGUUCUCCGUCAGUGCGCAUGCCUGAAACCAGACGAUCCGCUGGUCCCACUGUACGCUGCCAAGCUUUGCUUUAACCACCUUCACCAGCUGGAAGAAGGCGUGGGCUUUGCCAAGCAAGUGGUUGCCAUGGGAGAUGAUAAUGAGUGGGCGUCACGUGCUUACCAAGCCCUCGGUGUGGGGUAUGCCAUGCAGGCUGUAGAAGCUUCUUUGAGUGCUGACCGACAAAGGCUACAUAAACUUGCAAUAGAUGCACUUGAAAGUGCGCAUGCUCAUGACCCUGAGGACGCUGACAUACUUUUUCAUCUCGCGUUAGCGCAGGCUCACACUAGACAGAUAUCUAGAGCUGUGAAAAAUACUUGUGCUGCUCUCAAGAUCGAAGGCGACAACUUGCGCUUUCUUCAUCUAAUGGCGUUGCUUCUCUCUGCACAGAAAAAGUUUUCUGAGGCGCUGGACAUGUGUGAAGCCGCAUUGAUGGAAUAUCCGGACGACUUCAGCUUGCUUCUAACAAAAGUGAAACUAGAAGAAAUAUGUAUUGGUAGUGACCAGGCCCUCAUCACUUGCAAGCAGCUGCUGGAGACCUGGAAACAAGUUUACGACUCUGAGCUAUCUUCUGGGUUUAGUGAUAUGCAAAGGGCUGGGUCGGGUCUACUCGACAAAGUCAUAGCGGAUACGAGGAGCUUGAAGCAGAUACCGCUGACCGAGAUUAGCAGCGAGAAAGAUGGUGAUCCAGAAACAGGUUCUAUCGCGGCAUCUGUGCGUCUGGAGCAAGCUUUAUCAGACGAGGCGGCCUCUGCAUCCAUAGGCAAACUAAGCGUCUCCGCCGUGCUCGCACUGCAGUCCAAAAUAUGGCUUGCAAUAGCUGGCGUGUUCAUAGGUGCAGGCAAGGACGCCGAGGCAAACGCUUGUAUUCAAGAAGCUAACCUGAUAUUUCCGCUUUCCCCAGAUGUUCUAUAUCAGCGUGGCCGAGUAUUCGAGAUCCGUGGUGGUCUGAACGACGCAAAGACGUGCUAUACCAACGCCAUCUCCAUCAACCCGAGCCACGCGCCAAGUAUGGAGCGGUUGGGAGUUGUCUAUCAAAAGUUGAACAAUCUUGUUAUGGCUGAAAAGAUGCUCCGAGAAACUAUCAAUGUGGAUCCGACUGUACAUGCUGCUUGGCACCAUCUUGGGACAGUACUAGAAGAACAGGGAGAGCACGAGGCUGCUAGUGAAUGCCUGUUCACGUCGGCAGACCUAGAGGCAACAUGUCCGAUACUUGGCUUUACUACAAUACCAUGGUACAUGUAGGACAUGUCCGAUACUUGGCUUUACUACAAUACCAUGGUACACCAUGACAACAUGUCGAUACUUGGCUUUACUACAAUACGAUGGUACAUGUAGGACAUGUCGAUAUUUGGCUUUACUACAAUACGAUGGUACAUGUAGGACAACAUGCCGAUACUUGGCUUUACUACAAUGCCAUGGUACAUGUAGGACAUGUCAAUACUUGGCUUUACUACAAUACAAUGGUACAUCAUGACAACAUGUUGAUACUUGGCUUUACAUCCAUACCAUGGUAAAUGUAGGACAACAUGUCAAUACUUGGCUUUACUACAAUACCAUGGUACAUGUAGGACAACAUGUCAAAUACUUUGCUUUACCACAAUACCAUGGUACAUAUAGGGGUCAGUAGAACUAGAUGCAACGUGUCUGAUACUUGGCAUUUUAACAAAUUUUAACAAUACCAUGGUGUGACCAUGGUAUAAAGCUAUAUUUAAAGCAUAUGCAGGUAUAUUUGUGGAAUUAAAUGUAGAUCCCUUCAUAAAGAAGAUAAAAAACGUCUAGGCUUCCUCCUGGGUCUGGCACAGGGGAAUCAGAAGAUGCUCUAUACAUUGCUUUGUUUCUUUUUUAUUUUUGAAUCACUGUAAUUGUGAAUCUCUGAGUUGGGGAUUUCUUCAAAAGUAAUGUGCUAUUUGUCGUGGAAAACACAUUAUCCUUUUUUAUCCUUCAAAUUGCAUAUAUUAUGUUAAGAAUAACAGAAAUAAAUAGAUACCUUUUAAAUGGGUAGUCCUCUUAAAGCAAGGAUUACUUUGUUUUCAUUUCUGGUGUCCAUCAAAUGAACAAUAAAACUUGUUAGUAACUUCAUUUAAUAAUAUUAUUUAUAAUUAUUGAUUAUGGUGGCAAACUAAAUAAAACAAAAUAGACUUG